AUGGGUUCAGAGAGAGGAUGGCUGGACACAGAGAGGGGUAUCCACAUCCAGCAGCCAACCACAGGAGACACAGACGCCCCCACUUCCUCCCGCCUAUCUGUCAGUCUGGUUCCCUCCUGCAUGUACCCCUGCUGCUUCCCGAAAACUCCCCGCCACCUUCGCCAUGCACCUCCCCACACGCCCCCUUCCAUCCCUUGCCUCCGCCAAACAAACAUUGCACCGGAAAUUGCAGGGAUAUCUGGGAUUUUUGAGGGGUCCCAGCAGAGGGGCGAGGUCGAGAACAAGGGUGCUUUCUGUGACAUCUUUGAGGUGAGUGCUGGCUGCCCUGUGAUGUGUGAGUGCCCGGCUGGCCCCCCCUCCUGUCCCCCGGGGGUCAGCUCUGUACCUGACGGCUGUGGCUGCUGUAAGGUGUGUGCUGCCCAGCUCAACCAGGACUGCCACGACUCACACCCCUGUGACCACCACAAGGGGCUGGAGUGUAACUAUGGCAAUGACGUGGGCCACACUCAUGGCAUCUGUAGGGCGAAGCUCGAGGGUCGCUCCUGCGAAUACAACGGACGGAUCUACCAGAACGGGGAGAAUUUCCAGGCUGGCUGCAAGCACCAGUGUACGUGCAUUGACGGGGCGGUGGGCUGCGUGCCUCUGUGCCCCAACCAUGUGCCCCUGGCAUCACACUCCUGCCCUGCCCUGCGCCUGGUCAAGGUGCCUGGGCAGUGCUGCCUCAGUAUCGACUGCCACAAGGGCUCAUCCGUUGUACCCUCAGUACACGGGCACCCACUGCCUCCAGCCUACCUGCCUUUCCCCUUCAUGCCCUACCAUGCCUACCCCUACAAACCAUACCUCAAGCCGUACCACUACAAACCCAAGGAUACCAUGGGAAAUGAGCUGGUGGAGGUAGAGAAGACGUGGGACAAGCUGCGCGGGCACAAGCACCUGGCGGCAUGGAGGCAGUUUGGAGGGCAGUGUGUGGUCCAGACCACGAGCUGGUCCCAAUGCUCACGCAGCUGUGGGAUGGCCGUGUCCUCUCGUGUCACCAAUGACAAUGCCCGGUGUAAGCUUGUGAAGGAGACGCGUCUGUGCAACAUCCGGCCCUGCAGCUCCAUGUCCAUCCCCGUCAAGAAAGGGAGGAAGUGCUCCCGUACCCACAAGGCCCCAGAGCCCCUGCGUCUGUCCUAUGCUGGCUGCCGCAGCACGCGUCUCUACCGGCCCAACUACUGCGGCGUGUGUGUGGACGGCCGCUGCUGCUCACCCCGCCGCACACGCACCGCCUCCGUGACCUUUGCCUGCCCUGAUGGCGAGCGCUUCGACCACUCCGUCAUGUUCGUGCAGUCCUGCAAGUGCAGUGAUAAGUGCAGUCAUCUGAACGAGGUUGCCCUCCCACCCCAGCAGUGGCUCUACGGAGACACACACAAGUUCACCGACUAG